UGUUUUGUUAUUUAUGUUGAAAGGUUUCAUUUUCAAACAUUUGAUUUUUCGGUUUCUCAAAAUUUAAUCAAAAUUAAUCCAUACGCCAAAAUCCUUUGCCAGAGGGCGACCCUCUGGGUGGUACGACCAUGUCCCAAUUGCCUGUCGAACCUAAGAUCUCGCCGCUAUGCCAGCAAGUGCAAAAAGGAGAAGGAUGUGCCGAAGUUCCGGCUGGAUCGCGGACCUUUUGCCUCCCAGCUGGAUUACCAGUCGCGACUGCAAUACAAAGCCCCGGCACUGAGUGUGCCCCUCAGCGGAGUUAUAUGCACCAUUGGACCCUCGUCCAACUGCCCGGAAGUGCUCCUGGAGCUGAUCCGAGCGGGGAUGCGGGUGGUGCGUUUGAACUUCUCGCACGGCAGCCACGAGUACCAUUGCCAGGCGAUCCAGGCGGCACGAAAAGCGAUUGCCAUGUAUGUGGAGCAAACGGGGUUGCCCAGACCCGUGGCCAUUGCCCUGGAUACCAAGGGUCCGGAGAUCCGGACGGGAAAGCUGGCCGGCGGUAGUGACACCGCCGAGAUCGAGCUCAAGCCCGGCGACAAGGUCACGCUGAGCACGAAGAAGGAGCUGGAGGAGAAGUGCACCGGGGAGACGAUCUACGUGGACUAUGAGCGAUUACCGGCACUCGUGAAGCCCGGAAAUCGGAUCUUUGUCGACGACGGAUUGAUUGCCUUGGUGGUCCAGGAAUCGAAGGCGGACGAGGUGAUCUGCCAGGUGAAGAACGGUGGUAGGCUGGGCUCCCACAAGGGCAUCAAUUUGCCGGGCAUUCCGGUGGAUUUGCCCUCCGUAACCGAGAAGGACAAGCGUGACCUCAAGUUCGGGCUGGAACAGCAGGUGGACAUGAUAUUCGCUUCGUUCAUCCGCGAUGCCAAGGCAUUGAAGGAGAUUCGCCAGGCACUGGGACCUACGGGCGAGCACAUCAAAAUCAUCGCCAAGAUAGAGAACGAACAGGGUUUGGCCAACAUAGACGAAAUUAUCCGUGAAUCCGAUGGCAUAAUGGUGGCCCGUGGCGACAUGGGCAUCGAGAUCCCGACGGAGGAUGUUCCGCUGGCCCAGAAGUCGAUCGUGGCCAAGUGUAAUAGGGUGGGCAAGCCGGUGAUCUGUGCCACCCAGAUGAUGGAGUCGAUGAUCUCAAAGCCGCGACCCACUCGUGCCGAAGCCUCAGAUGUGGCCAAUGCCAUCUUCGACGGAUGCGAUGCCGUAAUGCUGUCCGGCGAAACGGCCAAGGGCAAGUACCCGGUGGAGUGUGUCCAGUGCAUGGCCAGGAUCUGUGCCAAGGUCGAGGCGGUUCUGUGGUACGAAACCCUGCAGCACAGCCUAAAGCGGGAGAUCCGGACCACUGCCGCGGAUCACAUUUCGGCAGUGACCACAGCAAUUGCGGAGGCGGCCACGGUGGGUCAGGCCCGGGCCAUAGUGGUGGCCAGUCCCUGCUCUAUGGUGGCACAGAUGCUCAGCCACAUGCGGCCGCCUUGUCCCAUUGUAAUGCUCUCCGGCUGCCAGUCCCAGGCAGCCCAAUCCUUGAUCUUUCGAGGCGUUUACCCAUUGCUCGUCGAAGAAAUGGUCCUGGGUAGCUUCAAUUUCCGACGCAUCAUGCAGUCGGGCCUCAAACUAAUGGCCAAAAUGGACAUCCUGGAGCCGGGCCACAAGGGAUCGGUGGUGCUGGUGAAUGCCAUGUCGGCGGACAAGAUCACCUUCCGACUCUUCACCAUUCGGCAGCAGACGAAGGCGGAACGGGAUCAGGAGGAGCUUUGCCAGAAACUAGUGCUUGAACAGCGGUGCAAGGAGAGGGCUCAAAAGGAGUCCUGUCAAAAGCUCCAACAGGCGGAAGAAUGUAGAAAAAAGCGCGAAGAGGAGGAGUGCAAGCAGCAGAAACUGGCCGAAAAAUGUAAGAAACCCGUAGAAAGGCUAGAGAUUUGCCCGAAGAAAGAAUGUCCGAAGAAAGACGAUGAGGCCGCGAAAUGCCAGCAGAUGAAGGAAGAAAGACUUGCAGCUGAGAAGAAAAGGAGAGAAGAAUUGGAAAGGUGCUGCAAAUUAGCUGAAGAAAAGAAAAGUCUAGAAGAUUUUGAAAAGAUCUGCAAAUUAGCUGAACUUAAAAAUAAGAAAAUGGAAGCUGAGAGGUGCAAUCAAAUGGAAAAAGAAAUGCAGUGUAAGCUAGCUGAAGAGCAGAAAAAAAAGGAGGAAGCUGAAAAGUGCAAGAAACAAGAAGAAGAAAUGAAGUGCAAGUUAGCUGAAGAGAAAAAAAGGAAUGAGGCGGAGCUCAAGAUAAGGUGCUGCAAAUUAGCUGAAGAAAAGAAAAGUCUAGAAGAUUUUGAAAAGAUCUGCAAAUUAGCUGAACUUAAAAAUAAGAAAAUGGAAGCUGAGAGGUGCAAUAAAAUGGCAGAAGAAAUGCAGUGUAAGCUAGCUGAAGAGCAGAAAAAAAAGGAGGAAGCUGAAAAGUGCAAGAAACAAGAAGAAGAAAUAAAGUGCAAGUUAGCUGAAGAGAAAAAAAGUAAUGAGGCGGAGCUCAAGAUAAUCGAGGAGGAAGUGGCCAAAAUGGAAGCCGCUGAAGAGGCAAAGCGAUUGGAGGAGGAUAAGAAAAAGGAAGUGGAACUCGUUAAUUGCAAGCAGCUGUGUGAAGCAAAGAAAAAGAUUGAGAAGGAUAAAAACUGCAAAAAAGCAGAGAAAAAAAGGGAAUUGGCAGAAAUGGAGAAAAGGUGGAAACAGGCUGCGGCCGAAAGAAAGCGAAAAAGAGAGGCUGAUAUUUGCAAUAAACUGGCGGAUGAAAAGAAAAAAGCACAAGCUGAAUCAGCAGACAGGAUUUUGAAAUCAGUGUGCAAAAAGCUAAAAGACUCCCUCAAGGAUCCUGAUUCUUUCAACAAUGGAAAAAAAUAAGAUUUAAACAAGAUUUUUUUUUAUAUAAUUUUAACGGUAAAAU